AUGUUUCUGAAACGUAAACAGCCCAUUCCUUCAUUACUGGACCUAAAGGUUAUCUACAACGAUGCCGUAGACAACACACUAAAAUACCAUUCGUUGGAGCAGGCAGGCCGACUAGAAGAAGCACUACGGGGAUGGAAGUCCCUUCACACGUCGCUACUCUACAAGAUUGACACUUUCGAGAAAAAUAAACCUCGUUUGACCGCCCAAGAAAGCGAGGUCAUUGCGGAGUUAAAGGGAAUCCGGGACGAGAACGUUAAGCAUCUAAUUAGAGUACAACUAAUGCUCGAAGAGCAAAAUGGAGGACCCAGGAAAUCGGCGCCUGCACCCUCACUGAAUCCACACAAACUUUCUGUGCCUUCUUUGCGGUCGGGGCUGUUACUGGAUCGCACUUUGAGCGGCAACGGACACCAGCGAUCUAUGCAACGUUCGCUUCGACCCAAUCCACCCAAGGCUCCAUCUUCUACAUCUGACAUCAUUCAGGCUGCCGCCAACAUAUCAUGGGGCCUUCCCAAGCCAUCUCCAAGCACUCGGAGCGAGCCAGAGCCAUUUGCGGAUUUCGAUCAAGAGGAGUUCUCGGGCUCAAACUGGGAGAAGGUGAGUCGCGGCGAGUCAGUCUCUCCUUCCACAGACUCCACCGAUUCAAUUAAUUUGAUAGAUUUAGAUGAGGGCGAGCACAUGAGUCACUAUUUCGAUAAUCAUGGUGAUGGCGAUUAUAGGCGGUCUUUUGAGAGCUUGUCUAUUUCAAGACCAACCUCUAAACCACCACCUCCCCCACCCAAGAAGAGAGGGGUUUACAUUGCUGCUGCAAAGUUGAGAGAGACUCUCGAAAAGCCACUUGUCCCUGAAAUACAAGUCACUCCCAAUAUGCUGAAGCUGCCCAAUAUGCUGAAGCUGCCCAACAUGCUGAAGCUGCCCAAUAGCAGCACCUCAAAACUAGUGCCCGUUACUUCCCGCGAGCCGCCACCAGCCAAGAAGUACUCAUACACACAGCCCAAGCCAAUGAAUGUUCAAGAGAUCAUGCUGAAAAGCAGAAGCAAACUGGAACAGCGCUCAACUAGCGCCAAGUCGCACACCAGAAGUUCUGUGGCCAAGGUGGUGAGUCAGCCAGCCAAACCCUCACCUGUUCAAAAAGGCCAAUCAUCCCAACCCAAGUCACUGAAUAUCACAUAUAAUUACAAGCCAUUAGAAAGGCCUACAAGUCAAGGAGUCCAAAAACCGAAGGUUGUGGUGAAAAAAAAGGUAGCUUCCAACAAAGAGCCAAUUAGAAAAAAGGCAGUUCCUUCGAAAGCUAAGCUAGAAUCCAGCCCAAAUACACCAUAUCAUAACGGAAUCUUUGAAGAUUAUGACGAAGAGAUUCCCGAACAAGAAACAUCUUCUGAUGAGAUGACACAAGAGGAACAAGCAGCCCUCAUUAAGUCAAUUAAAGGAAUUGACGAAACCGCGGCAAAUCAAAUACUCAGCGAUAUCAUCGUGCGUGGUGAUCCCGUAGAGUGGAAUGAUGUAGUUGGCCUAGAGAGUGCAAAAAACUCUCUUAAAGAGGCCGUUGUCUACCCGUUCUUGCGUCCCGACUUGUUUAAAGGUUUGCGUGAACCAACAAGAGGUAUGCUUUUGUUUGGACCCCCGGGAACUGGUAAAACCAUGUUGGCAAGGGCUGUUGCGACGGAGUCGAAAUCUACCUUCUUUUCUAUCAGCUCUUCUUCCCUCACCUCCAAAUAUUUGGGAGAGAGUGAAAAACUAGUGAAGGCCUUGUUUCUAUUGGCUAGAAAGCUUAGUCCGUCGAUCGUGUUUAUCGACGAAAUCGAUUCGAUUCUAGGCCAGAGAUCCGAAGGUGAAGCUGACAGCAUGAGAAGAAUUAAGAAUGAAUUUCUUGUCCUGUGGUCUGACCUUUCCUCGGCAGCAGCUGGAAGAGAUACAGACGAGGACGUCUCUCGUGUCCUCAUCUUAGGUGCCACGAACAUGCCAUGGGCCAUUGAUGAGGCUGCGAGAAGACGUUUCGCCAAAAGAGUAUACAUCCCUCUUCCAGAGCGUGAAACUCGCAAGAAGCAAAUUUCCAAGCUUCUUGAAUUCCAAAACCACUCUCUACUGGAUUCUGAUUUUGAAACCAUUAUGGAUCUAACCGAAGGUUUCAGUGGAAGUGAUAUUACUCUUCUCGCCAAAGAUAGUGCCAUGGGCCCUCUUAGAGCUUUGGGUGACCAGCUCCUCAGCACACCAACGGAAGCUAUACGACCAAUUCAACUUCAAGACUUUCUAGAGAGUUUGAAGUAUGUCCGUCCCUCUGUUUCAGAGGAGGGAUUGGAAGAGUACGAGACAUGGAUGUCCAAAUUCGGCUCUUCAGGUGCUUGA